UUGUUUAGUUACUCGAUAAAACAAUGCCAAUGAAAUAUUGUUAUCAUUGUUGGAACAAAGGAAGUUUCAAGAAUGUUCCGUGUAAUAAUGUUCAUCACAAUGUACGUAAAUGGAUAAUUCUCUUUUCAUAUAGAUAUAUAUAUGAAUAACUGGUCUACAUACACUCCCAACUAUCAAACAUUGCCUCAAAAGCGUAAAAGAACGAAUGAGUGUUUACUAGAUAACUCGGAAGAAUUGGAACACAAAAGAUGCCAUACUGGAACAGAUUCUGUUGUUGAGUUGCACAAAGAAUAUAUAGACUUACAAGACAAUAUGAGUGAAACUUGUUCCAGCCAAGGUUUAGUUUCUGAUGAAAGUGUUGGGUCUUCAAAAGACCCCUUUCCAGUGAUUCAUAUGUUGCUAUCCAGAGAUAAGAAUAGGGAUAAUUACACUCUCACAGUAACAGAUACGCAACUUGCUAAUCUUAAUCCUCUCAAAGAACUUUAUUUUUCAACUAACAAUCAACUCCUAUGUGAUGAACAACAGAGAUCUACACACGGUCACACACUAAAGACCGCAGAAUGGCAUAUUUAUGAAAACACUCCAACCUAUGAAAUCGUACCUUAUACUGCUGAAAAUGAUAUCAAAAGAAAUCCUUUUUGGUUACAGUCUUAUUCGGAAGAAAAUGAUAAUUACACGACGAGUCAUACUUCUUCAACUAAAGAUGCGAUGGAAUUGGAAUAAGAAAUGUUCAAUUGAUCAACGAAAGCCU